AUGGCCGAAGAAUUCGAUGACGUCGAAUUCCUGGCAGCUGAAGCAGUGGUGCAGAAGCUGGGAAACUCGACGGAGAGAAGCGGCCCUGCAAACCCCACGGGCUCGUCAGGAAUCGUGCAGCCAAAGCCACAAGCAUUACCUUCGAGACAGGGUCCUUCUGCAAUAUUGGCCUCGACUCGUCAAAAAGGCAACCCGAUCUUGACUCACGUUAAAUCCCUGCCGUGGGAGUACUCUGAUAUUCCCUGUGACUAUGUGCUGGGCGCGACAACAUGCGCACUUUUCUUGUCUCUGAAGUACCAUCGACUACAUCCCGAGUACAUCUACAGUCGUCUCCGACAACUGGGAAAGCUGUACAACCUUCGCAUUCUGCUGACAAUGGUAGAUAUAACCAACCAUGAAGAAGCCCUCAAAGAACUGUCCAAGACAUCCAUGAUCAACAAUCUGACUCUUAUCCUCUGUUGGUCAGCCCAGGAGGCCGGUCGCUACCUCGAACUCUUCAAAUCCUACGAACAUGCGUCCCCCGCAUCGAUUCGAGCCCAUCAAGCCGAAACCUACAAGGAGAGUCUGACAGAAUUUGUCACAACACCUCGCAAUAUCAAUAAAACGGAUGCUGCAAGCCUUAUAUCCAAUUUCGGUUCGCUACGAGCUGCAGUCAAUGCACAGCCAGAGGAGCUGGCUAUAGUCCCCGGAUGGGGUGAGAAAAAGGUCAAGGCAUGGGCUACUACAAUUCGUGAACCAUUCCGAAUCAAGAGAGCCGCCAAGUCGAAUGCCGGCUUAUUGAGGCAAGAGUCAACGAUGAUGUCCGCGUAUAGCGGAGAUGAGUCGCAAACUGGGUCCUUUGAUGAUCUAUCCCCAACCCCGGCGACAAGCACGAGAUCGAAUAACCCAAGAGAAGCGGCAAACUCGCUCGCAGCAGACAGAGAUGUCGAGGCCGGUCCUUCGCAAAAGCGAGUGCGCUUGCAGGAGUUGUCAGUCGACGACUUCGAUGAAGAUGAAGAGGCACUGCAGUAUGCGAUGGAGCAAGAGUCACGUCUAAAGAAGGACGCAGACUCCCCAAAAGUAGCGCAACCGCCUACUCGCAAGGAGCCGGAAUUGAGUGAAGGUAUCGCAGCGGCACUCGCAAAACUACGGCAGAGUACUUGA